AUGCAGCGUACGGCAGCACCAGGCUGGGUAGUUGAGCAACUCAGAGGACCUGAGACGCGCGCGGGGUCCCAGCAACUACCGAGCGGGGCGGCUGCUCCCGUUGGGGUCGUCCCGCCCGGUGAACAACGCAUUAUGCAUCCCCAAACUCGGCAGUUUGUGGGACUUGGUGGUGGUGUUGGCCCCGCAGCGGCGCCUUCGCAGGUCGAGGACUGGCGCCGUAACCUCCAGGCUCCGCCCAAGGACACGCGUUAUCGCACGGAGGAUGUGACGGCUACGAGAGGAAACAGUUUCGAGGACUAUUAUUUACGUCGAGAGUUGCUGAUGGGGCUUUUUGAAAUGGGCUGGGAGCGGCCUUCUCCGGUCCAAGAAGCGGCGGUGCCGGUAGCGUUGGCCGGGCGCGAUGUACUCGCCCGCGCCAAAAACGGCACUGGUAAAACAGGAGCUUUUCUUAUCCCGAUCCUAGAGCGACUGGACACGAAAAAGAACGCGAUACAAGCACUUGUUUUGGUGCCGACGCGUGAGCUCGCCCUUCAGACGGCUGCAGUUGCGAAAGCGCUCGGCAAACGUCUCGAUGGCCUGCAGGUCAUGACGACAACCGGGGGCACCUCCCUGCGGGAUGACAUCCUGCGGCUAGAGCAAAUCGUACAUAUUCUGAUCGGCACGCCUGGUAGAGUCCUGGAUCUAGCCGAGAAAGGCAUAGCCAAAUUAAAUGAGUGCAAGAUGUGUGCUUUGGACGAGGGCGACAAGCUGCUCUCGCCGGAGUUCACGCCCGUCAUCGAACAGAUCGUGACCAAGCAACUGCCUCCCGAUCGGCAGUUAAUGCUGUUUUCAGCAACGUUUCCGAUUUCCGUGAAGGGCUUCCGAGACAGACACCUUCGGAAACCCUACGAACUGAAUCUCAUGGAAGAAUUGACGUUGCGGGGAAUCACGCAAUAUUACGCAUUCGUGGAUGAGGGUCGCAAAAUUCACUGUUUGAACACGCUUUUCAGCAAACUGCGAAUCAACCAAAGCAUCAUAUUCUGCAACUCGGUUUCGCGGGUGGAACUUCUCGCCAAGAAAAUAACCGAACUGGGCUAUUCCUGUUAUUAUAUCCACGCCAAGAUGCCGCAGUAUCAACGAGCUCGUGUUUUUCAUGACUUUCGCAACGGCGCCUGCCGAAACCUCGUUUCGAGUGACCUCUUCACACGCGGCAUCGACGUACAAGCGGUGAACGUGGUCGUGAACUUCGACUUCCCGAAGAACGCAGAAACAUACCUGCACCGAGUCGGGCGCUCUGGACGGUACGGACACCGCGGUCUGGCGAUCAGUCUCGUAACGCAAGACGAUCGCUUGAACCUGUACCGAAUCGAACACGAGCUGGGGACCAAGAUCGCUCCGAUCCCACCUGCAGUUGAUGAGUCUUUGUACUGUGCGUGA